AUGGAUCCACUCGUAUCACCGGCUCUAUUGCCUUCUAAUUUCUACUACGCGUACAAAUAUUUCGAAUGGCGAGAUCAUUUAGAACAGCACUUGAUGAAGGCAAAUAAAUCAAAUUACGAGACCAGUCCAAAUCAUUUGGUUCAUGGUUGGGAUACUGUGGACGGAUCAUCUGCGCCGCCGACCAUCAUUUUGAAUGUUUUGGAAAACCAGACAAGGUCGACCAAACUAUCGGGAAUCGCGUCCACAAGCCCACCACAAAAUACCCCUCUUAUGCCAGUUCCCAUGCACUAUUCAGUAUCAAAUCCAUCCUCAGAUAUGGGAUUGUUGGCAGACGGUGGCGCGACACAUCGCUCUCCUACAAUGACUAUCAACAAUACGAUGGACAGUAGUAGCUGUCUUCCCACCGGAGAAACAAUUAUCAGUCCGAGCACACGCAACGAGAGUUUAGACUCCACUCACCAAAAUGAACCGAUACCACUGGAAUUCUCCUCUCCAGCACCCGAUCGGAGUACACACACAGAGGAUCACACAGGAUCACCCAUAUCCAACAGCGAACCACGAAUGUGGCCACAUGGGGACACAUGGUGGACAAAAUUGGAAACUUGUGACGAAUCAAGACCGGCUGAUUUAUCAAAGUCCGGACAAUGUGCCGAGUCAUCGGAGCUACUGUCUGGUGAGACGCAUUCAGACGGCGAAAUGAACAUGAGCUCAGAGUCAAUGAAACGCAAACCGAGAGAAGAUAUCAAAAUUCAACCUUACGCUCUGCGAGGUUCUGUUGAGGUGUUCAAGUGUCCCCUGUGCUCAAAGUCUGAAAUAUUCAGCCGUGGACAGUUGACAAACCACUUGCAGGAGCAUCAAAGCAGUUUCAAACGAGAGGAUUAUAAACACGUGUGUUGCUUUUGUUUCAGCGAGCUCAGCUCGAAUAGUUCGCUCGAGCGACAUUUGCUGACACAUACCAAUCAUCGGCCGUUCAACUGUACAUUCUGCGACAAAGCUUUUACAACCAACGGUAAUCUUAGUCGUCACAUUCGUACGUCUCAUCAAGUCAAAUCAGUUAAUCUUAUCAAUCCGCUCGACUCGAAUAUAUCAAAUCAGACUAACUGGCACCCGGCAACCACAAACGAUGAGCAGCAGCUGGUGGAUUAUGCACAAAAAGAAUCUGCCAUUUUUCAUUCGGAACAGGGAUUUAAAAACUCCACUUUUGACGACAGCACAGAGUCCGGUGCCAACUCAAAUAUCGCUCAAAAUCUCGCUCUUAACCUAAAUAUAUCCGCUGCAACCCAGUCGAAAGACACCAGGAUCACAAGUGAUCAAACAACCUUAUGCAAUCUGUUUCCUAACGAAAAGUUUGGGUCCGUUGGAAAGGUAACACAAGAAAUGGAUCCGGUAACAGCCGAAAUAGGUUUCACUAGACCGGUGGGACCUAUCAGUCACAAGACAAUUACAGACGGACGAGUGUGUUCAUCUCCCACCAUCGCAAUUCUUGAUGACGAACAAACAAAAGUUGGCAUUUCUACUACAAGCCAUGAACGCUCCUUGGUUUCAUCUGAAAAGAACUGGCCUCCAGAAAACUUGCUUCACUGGGCUUCUAUCCGAUUGCAAAAUACAGCGUUACUGCAACUUAUUUCUGGACAUGCUUCACAUUCGCAUACCUCACCAUCUGAGCAACUAUCAGCCUCACCCUCGAUUCCAUUUCCAGUGGUAGCUGCAGAUGUGGCAGCACUACCACUCAAUACAGGUCUGCUGACUGCUUUGUGGCCCCAGAUGGUCAAUGCGAUCCCAUUUUCAGGUACUGCUGUGACCAGUGGCACAUCAGUAGUUUUAACCCCUAAUCAUAUUCUGAGCGUGACUCCAACACCAAUGAGCACAGCGGAUGAACGACCAGUUCCGCGUCUUCUUCCACCGAUCUAUGGACGUCCAUGGACCGGUCUAUGGAUUCCGAAAGAUCCAGGAUCACUGGAGUUGACUGUGAAUCGGGUCGCCCACUCUCUAUCCCGCAAAGUGCAGAAAAUUCACGUACAACAUCGAGGUCAGGGAACGCGGAUGUCGAACCGGUUUGUGAAGCGACUCAAGCGUCAAAGCGGUCCACCGAUUGCAUUGCUCGUGAAAAGCGAAGAUAUACAUCCGACCGGAGUAAAUCACAUUCUAUCUCCUGAACCGUUAAAUAACCCAAAAGAUGUGGAGAUUUUGGAUCUAUCCAUACCGAAAAGAAAAAGGAGUAACUUACCAAACUGUCGACAAACGAGCGAUCAGUCGGUGGCAUCCGACACGAUUUCCGCCAUCCCACUUACGCCCAUUAUGAAUCAGAACGACAAUGCUCCGCACCAGAACGAAUCUUUUGAAUGUAAAGCCAACAAAAGUUUACUUGGACUGACAAACGACAAGUGUCCCAAGGAUACUGUGUAUGUUGCAUCUCCUGUGCGAGCGGAAUCCGGAAUUGUGGCAUCAUUUCCUUCAGUGAAACCGAUGCGUCCACUUAGCGUAGAUAUGCUAUCGUUUGCCGUGGUGGCACCAUCAGCAUCACCCAAUGCGGAUCCAAUACUCCAUUCCCCUGUGGUUACUAGCCCGAUCCCGGUGUCCAACGCAACUCGUGCGUUACCUAUUCCUCUGUUACCUGGAUUACGUUUUCCCUAUGUGCAUAAAAAGAACUCCUACAAAGAUGCACCAAAACUGAUUACUUGUCCAAUCCCUGGAUGUAGUCAGAAGUUUCCGUGGAACAGUUCCUUGAAGCGACACAUUCUCACACAUACACCCCACAAACCGUUUGCGUGUACCCGUUGUACCAAAUCGUUCUCCACCAAAUCUAAUCGGGAACGUCACAUGGAACGUGUACAUCAAGUAAGCUUGAAGCGUCAACGUCAACGGGUCCAGUGUGCACAGGGUCCCGAUGGACAACGAAUCGAUUCAAUUGGGGACACACGAUCGUUUAACAGUGCAUGUGCUUCAGAAACAGCAUCGAAUCUGCCUGAAGGAAGCGAGGAGCUGCGUGAGGAUGAAAUCAUUUCAAUGAGCUCGAACGAGAAACAGGCAGAAGACAUUAGUAAUACCCUAUUGACACGUGCCGGAGAUCCAGUCGUGGAACCGAAUCCCGAACGUCUCUAUAGUGCUGCCCUUCUGGCAGCCACUGCAGCGGCAGCAGCAGCGGCGGCAGUGAAUCCGGGCUCCAAUGCAGCUCCUCCGUCACAUCCUUACUUAUCGGUUCCGCGUGAGUAUAUGUUACGACAUACACAGUGGUCUAGGGGAAUGCGCAGGAAUCGACGAUCUCAACGUACUCAAGUGGCUGAUUUGGACUGGAUCAAACCGGAAGGAGAUAUUGUUGGAUCAAAAUCCACUGAAGAUAGUUCGGAGAAAGCCAUAGACCUGAGCCUCCAAUCUACGACGUCAAACAACGUGACCAUUUUGAGAUGUUCGAUCUGUUUGGCCACAGUGACCACCAAAUCGUUUCGACGGCAUUUAACUCACCACCAAAUGGAAAAUGUAAUAUUUCGAUGCCAUUUAUGUCAGAUGUCCUUUAACGAUCGAGUGGUUACGCUGAAACACUGGUCAGUUCGGCAUUCAGAAGAAUGGACCAAAUUCCUCGGCAAACUCGGCUCCAGUGGCUGCCCGAUCGAUUCCCUGACUUCAUUAAUCGAGAAUGUUCCCUAUCCGAAGGAUGAAAUGGAGACAACUAUAAAUGGUGACAAUGCCAAAAGCGGUGUAACAGACAUACGUCACGUCAGUUGUUGCAUUUGUUUGCAUCGAUUCGGUAGCCAACAAGAUUUACAACGUCACAUGCGUUCUCACACAGGAGAAAGACCAUUUGUGUGUCCAGAUUGUGGCAAAGAAUUUUCCCUGAAACACAGCAUGCAUAGACACUAUCGAGUGCAUUUGAAACAGGGCACGAUCGGCUCGACCGUGUCACCAAAUUAUCCAUCAAAUGUGAUUUCCGAAUUUCAUACUCUCAGGUAG